CGGCGCCGGGACGUCAUUGCGUCACACAGGAAUUGCACGAGCGCAGUUCCAGGCAGGCGGUAAACCGAGAGGAGUGGAGGGCCCGUGUUCGUGGGUAGACCGAGCAGUGAGUUCGGCGGGCGCCAGACCUUAGGGCCAAACUGUCCCGCUUCUCCAGACUCGGGGAAGAGCGCCUCUGCUGACUGCCUUGUCUACGGACCUGUACAGAGCGACGGCAGAGCCUCGGGCCGGAGUGACCCGAGGAGGAGUCGGCCGGAUGGCGGCAGCAGGAGGAGGAGGAGACGGCUUAGGCACGGGAGGUAAAAUUCGGAGCCGGCGGUACCACCAGAGUUCUGCAAGGACCCCGUACACCAAAACCCGCCAGCAGAACCAGCAGGGUAUCAUUAGCCGAGUUAAAGAUACAGUAAAGAGCAUAGUUCCAACUUGGUUACAAAAUUAUUUUAACAGCGUGGAAGAGUCGCAAGAGGUUACUCGGCAAACAAUUGAACCAGAGGAGCAUGUGGAAACGCAGAAUGAUGUUGAAAAUGACCAUUUUGAAGAUAAUGAGAGUCUCCCUCCUUUUGGCAGGGCUGCCCCAGAACCUGUUAGGAUUCAGUCUGACCCAGCCACAAAUCCAUUGAUGUUAAAUAUUCCUGAUGUACUAACAAGACCUUCAUUACAUCGGGCCAAUCUCAACAUUAAUAUUUUUGACUCUCCAGCACUUAAUUGCCAGCCUUCUACUUCUGGCUUUUCACUAGUGAAAGAAGUUAAGGAUUCUGCCUCUUUACAUGAUGACGACAACAUUUCCACAACCAGUGGUUUUUCUUCUCGGGCAUCUGAUAAAGAUGUUGCAAUUACAAAAACUGGGACUGUUCCGUUACUGUGGUCUCCUGAAGCUGAUCGAACACAUAAUGUUUCACAAAACUCGCCAUUCAAUUUGAAGAAACCUGCAUUUAAUCCAUCUGCCUUUUCCUCAUUUUUACCUAAUUCAAGUCGACUUGGCGAUUCCCCCUUUUAUGCGGGCAAGACAACUUAUGGAGGUGCAGCUGCAGCUUGUCAGUCCAGGGCCCGCAGCACUCCAUAUCGGGUGCCAGUGAAAAAACAAGUUGUGGCAAAACCUGCCCAUGUUACAUAUGGUGUAACAAGUCUAGCUGCACGUCGCAUACUACAAUCCUUAGAGAAAAUGUCAAGCCCAUUGGCGGAUGCAAAGAGAAUACCGUCGGUGUCUUCUGUUUCACCAUUGGCACCAGAGAGAAGUUUCUCAGGAGAAAGUUUGUCUAAAAGAAAGAAGGUGGAGUCGUCCUUCCCCCCAGUACAGAAGCUAGUUACACCGCAAUCUAUUUCUGUAUCCUCCAGUCUGAGAAAAAUCAGACCUUCCCUUGCAUCCAUGCAGAGCAAUGCAAACAGUUGCAGAACACCAAAUUCUGACAAGCACAAGGAAAAAAUUAAUCGUGAACCUGAUGUAAUACCACAGCAAACGAGUUUUUCAUACCCCGCCUUCAGUACCCCAGCAUCAAAUGGCUUCGGUUCAACAAAAGGUGGAGGCAAAAUGAUGAGGGAGCGUGGGUCAACAAAGCCAUCGGAGGAGGAGGUAGAGGUUCCCUGUCUACCUGAAAUACCCCUCCCAAUAAGCAUGACUGCGCUUCCAAAAUUUAGUUUGAACAUUGAACAGAGGACUUCACCACUUCCUGUUAGACAACCAGUUUCCACUAAGGCAAGUGAUGAGGUGAAUAUUGGUGAAAAGCUAUGUACCAUUUCUGCUGAUGCUCCAGACUUUAACUUUUCACAGCCAGUUGUGAAAUCUGUCAGCUCCAGUGACGAGUCCGCUGCAUCUCCAGUGGGUUUCACCUUUAGAGCACCAGCUUUAAAGACUUCUUCACUGCAUGAAAAUGCUAAAUCCAUGCUUAGCAGUUCUGAAAUCCCAUUGAAAGUGAAAGCAUCUAUUGUGAUAAAUAGCAGCACAAAGAAGGCUGAGGAAGAACAAGCGACAAGUUUUUGUAAGCCUGCGCAAUCAUUAAAGGAAGGAAGUGUGCUAGAUAUUCUGCGGAGCCCAGGUUUCCAGUCUACAAGUUCUCUGCAAACUGGAACUCCUGCUAAAAGUUCUGUUUCCAGCCCAAAGCUUUUGACGUUUGGGCAGAGCAGCAAACAGGCCUUGGGGAUAUGGUAUUGCGAUUGCUGCUUGCUUGAGAACAAGGCUUCAGACAGUAAAUGCGUAGCUUGCAGUACAGUGAAAGAGCAAGCCAAGGAAGUCACAAAGUCUACUACUUUGGCAACAACCACACCUACUAAAAACACAUCUCCUUUGAAAUGUACGUUCGGAUUUGGGGACAAGUUUAAAGUGGCUCCAGGGACAUGGGAUUGUGAUACAUGUUUAGUACAGAACAAACAGGAGUCAUCAAAAUGUGUGGCUUGUGGAUCUCCAAAACCUGGAACUGGGGCAAAAGAUCCCUUACUACUUCCAACAACAAAGCCAGAUAAACCUGUUAUACCACCUGACCGUGGCCUUACAUUAUCGCCAAGUCUUAAAUUUGAGGAACUAGCAAGAAAGCCCGUAGGAUCAUGGGAGUGUACAGUGUGUUGUGUGCAGAAUAAAGCAGAGGAUAACGAAUGUGUGGCCUGCACUUCUCCAAAGCCAGGUGUGUCAACUGCAUCAGCAACUACGUCCUUCCCAGCCUCUCUGCCCGCUACCCAAAGGGAACCACAAGGUUUUGGAAAGUCCUCCUUUUCUUCAGAAUCUACAUUUCCACCUGUUAAAUUUGGACUGCCUCCAAGUGACACUGGAGACCAGAAAUCAAGUUCCUCCACAGACUCCUCAAGUACGAAUAAAGUUAGCUUUUCGUUCACAUUUGGUCAAAGUUCUAAGACAUUAGAUGAGAAAAAAGACAAGGAUUACUCUUUUGCAACAAGCACUGGCACUAGCAACACUGUUUCCCCACCUUUUAAGUUUGGCUUUGCUGGUUCUGCUCCUGCAGAGAAGGAUAGUGGUGUUAAAUUGACAACGGACUUUCAAUUUGGAACUAAUCCUUCCAAACCUGAGAGCUCUAGUAAUGCUAAUUUAGUUGGUCUAUCUGCUAAGGAAAAAUCUGUCAUCGCACCAUUUGUUUUAAAGGAGCCAGAAGAUAAAAAAACAGAGGCUCCUUUAGCAGGUGGUUUCACAUUUGGUAAACUAGACCAGAAGGAAUCGUCUUCAUCUUUUGUUUUCGGGAAAAACGGAGAGAAAACUGAAUCUACCCCCGCUGCAACCUCAUUUGGUUCCAAAAGUGAUGGAGAACAGUCAAAGACAUUUUUGUUUGGUAAACCCGAGGCAGGCAAGGCUGAUACUUCAACGCUCGGUUCAUUUGCAUUUGGUGCGCCAAACCCCAUGGAAAAGAAGGAAGCAGAUCAGCCAGCAAAACCAGCCUUUGCAUUUGGUGCUUCUGCUACAGAAACAGGUUCUUCAAAGCCAGUGUUUGGCUUUCAAGGGAGUGGAUCCUCGAGUGCCACUCAAUCUAGUAGUAUUGGAAGUUCCAGCAGUGUAUUUGGCAGUGUUCCUCAGACAAGUUCUAGUAAUGUAUUUGGCAGUGCUGUACAGUCCAACACAGCUACUUCAGCUGGUGUUACUACCCCUGCACCUUCUAGUACUGUGUUAAGCAGUGCAACUUCAUUGACCGCACCUACUGGUUCUAACAAUAUGUUUGGUGGGGCCCUGUCUUCGAACACUCCUGCAGGUUCUAGCAAUAUAUUUGGAAGUGCUCCAGCUACAGGGACUCCAACCAGUUCCAGCAUUGUUUUUGGCAACGUGGCCUCUGUGAAUACAUCAAGUGCUAGCAAUGUGUUUGGAAGUGCAGCUCCCACAAGCACUUCGGCAAGUUCCAAUACUUUAUUUGGCAAUUCAAGUGCAUCUACCAACCCCUCCAGUGUACCCUUUGUGUUUGGGCAGACUACUACUACAGCAGGUGGCUCUGUGUUCGGCAGUGGCAAUGAAUCCAAGUCAACGUUUGUUUUCGCUGGCCAAGAGAGUAAACCAGCAGAAACGCCUGCAAGUACAGCUCCAGCUGCUGUUACUCCUUUUAUGUUUGGUGCAAGUGCUCCAGCACCAGCUGCUACUGGCUUUACCUUUGGCGGGACAAAUACCUCCAAUUCAACAGGUACCAGCUCAACUCCAUUUGUCUUUGGAGCAGGUCAACCAGCCCCACCUGCAUCUGGCCUUGCUGCUACCAGUUCUGUACCAACAUUUGGGAAAACUGUUGCCCAGACUAAUGCCCCAGCUUUUGGUGUACCUGUGUCUGGUUCAUUGUUUCCUUCUGGUUCUCAGACUGUCCCAAGUUUUGGAUCGUUGACCAGCAAUGUACAGUCCCCAGCUUUUGGACAGCAAAGCGCUCAGCCUAAUUUUGGAUCCUCUGCAGCUCCCCCUCCUGGUGGUGCCUUUCCAUUUGGAGGUUCAAACUUUAACUUUGGUGGUGCAAGCUCAACAGGAGUAUUUACUUUUGGUUCAAAUUCUGUUGCUAACCCAGCACAGCCUGCAAAUACUGGAUUUCCAUUUAAUCAGACACCAUCAUUUAAUCAGACUCCAUCGUUUAAUUUGGGGAGUAAUGGGAAGACGACACCCCAAAUUGCUAAUCGGAAAAUUAGGACUGCUAGACGAAGAAAAAAUUGAUGCAUCUGAGUCAUCAAUCUCUUCCGAGAAAUGGUGUCCUGCUUUGUGCAAAUACUGGAGUGUACCUCAUGCUGUGUUUAGUUGAAGUCAGAUCUGUCCAAGGACAUUUUGAGCUGAAAGUCCCAUCCACCCCUUUCUCUUCUCCCAAUAAAAAAAAUAAAAAACACAUUUGGUGAUGGGAAAUUAUUACACAAAAAUAUCCAAAUCUGUCAUCUUUAAAGUACCUGACUUGGCAUGGUCUGGCUGUACAAGCAAAUAUAGAGCGCACAGCGAAUGGCUUUUGUAUAAUAAGUACCUUUUUUCAUCUGCACCACUAUUUUACUGACGCUUUGAAAUUGUAAUUAUAUGGGAGGAAUUGCGGUAUGUAUAGUGUAGAGGAUGAUGAGCGAUUUCUAUGCCUCGUUGUGCUGGUGUAUGUGUGAUUUUGAGUGUGUUGUGCACCAAAUCCUUUCUGAUAGCGAAAGAUUGAGUCAAGAAUGGUCCUUUUUUCUCUAGACUUGUUAGAUAUGUAGUUCUAAGAUUAUGCAUUUCUCUUCUUUUUCUAUUCUACUUCAUGUUCGCCUUUAUUUUUCCUUUAUGAUAUUCAUGUAAAUAUAAUUUGGUUUCUGCAUACUUUUCAACAUAACCUAAAUCUGUGAACUUGAACUUUUAAUUUUGUGUUGCAGCAAUUUUUUUUUUUUUUUGUUUAGAUAUGUCUCAAAUUUUAUUGUAUGUAAAUCUCAUUAUUCAAAGUUGCCUAAUUCCAUUCAAAUAGUCUUUAAAGAAAAUUGGAAGUUCUUUAAGGUAUUAGGUUAUUGGCUUUUCUGAUCCAUUUUUGUUUGGACCAAAAACCAGUAUUGUACAAAGUAUUAAGUAUAUAUUUUUAUAUUUACACAAAUGGACUGUGGUGACUUUGGAUAAUUAGUAAGUUUAAUAUUAAAGCCAUGUUUAUUACAGUAUAACAGUUUAACAUGUAAAACCAUUGGAUAAAUGCCAUCAAUAAAAUGAUAAAAUACAACUUG